CUGAUUUCUCCAAAAACCCUCGCCGUCCACGCAGCUUCUCAUCGUCCGUGCAACUUCACGGCCUUCUGUCGACCGCAAGCCCGGCGCACCUUCAUGGCCUUUUCGUCGUCGCCGCACCUUCUCCGGGCCAUCCACAGUUUGUUGACCGCGAGCCUGAGUGACCUCCUUCGAGCGACCGUCGUCCGUCGACCGCCCAUCGUUGUCCGUCGACCGCCGCCUGCCGUUCUUUGUUCUUGUGAGAAGUUCAUAUACUUGCUUAAGAUUGCACCUAGUCUCCUCCCCAAGAAAAUUAUAGGGGAUUUCGAACUGAGCCCUAACAUGAAGAUCAAGGUAAUCCCUAUAUCAUCUGCUGAGUUGGAUGCUGUCAAGUUCAAACCAGAGAAUGGUUUGAAACUUCUAGGUUUUAUGGAGGCUUCAAAUGUCAUGAGCUGGAUUCAUUCUAUUUCAAAGUACUUCCUUUUGCGGAGGAUGUGGGAGUUUCAGUUUCCAUCUCUAUGCAAUUUGCCUUCGACAAUGCAGCCAACCGAACAACAAAAAGAGGUUGCUGAUAAGUUGGUCCAAAUGCUUGAUCUUGCUCCACCUGGCAGAGAGGAAGCCUUGCAACCGAAUGUCACACCAAAUCCUGUUCUAGAG